AACAGAUACAUGUUGUUGUAAACAUGUAGAGUUCGUUUCAUGGGUACAAUUAGCAUUCAGUUUGUGCUAAUGUGUUCAAACAUAACUUCAACAGAAUUUUCAGCCUUGGUCUUUUCAGUUGAUACAGAAAUGUUGAAUGACGGGUAGCCGAUUUCGCCAAUUUCCAGGAUGGCCUACAGGCUUUGUCAACCUUUGUGCUAAGAUAUGGACGGAGCAGAGAGCGACGGAAGCGAAGAUUACUAUUCUGCUUCGGAGCUCACACAGCCGAUACGCGGUUGUCGUGCCACUGUUAGUCCUGGGGAAAACCCACCAGCUGAACGGCGGGCACGAGGCAUUGUCAAAGAUGUAAAUGACCAAACAGCGAAGAAAAAGCGACGUCGUGAGCGGCACAACUCGAAAAUCACCGAACAAUCCCCAGUGGUACAUCACGCCCUCAAUGGUAUGAACACGCUUUACGUUUUCUGGGCCAAUGAGAAACUGUGUGACGUCAUUGUCGUCGCGGACGGCGAAGAGUUUCUUGCUCAUGGAGUUGUGUUGGCAACACACAGCGACUUUUUCCUGCGAUUGCUGCUGAGAAGACAGACAGGUCCCGUCGCUUCUCCGUACAGGGUAACGCUGGGAAGUCUGGUUUCAGUCUCUGGAUUUAGAAAAAUACUGCAUUAUAUGUACACCGCUGAAAUGGAGCUGACGUGGGCAUCCGUUUGCGAGACACUGCAAGUUGCAUGCGCCCUCAAGGUUACUCGGGUUGUUCAACUAGCACAAGAGUUCCUUCAAAGCUACGACAUCGAAAAUUGCCUCACCGCCUUGUCUGCCGCCACUCAGGCCCACUUAACGUUGCUCUCAGUCAGGAUUCACAAAUUUGUCACGGAAAAUUUCCUGGCCGUCAGCCGCACGAGAGAGUUUCGGCAGUGCCCUGCUGAUGCGAUAGCAAGUCUCCUGGCAGACGAUAGCCUGAACGUUUCCAGCGAAUUGGACGUCCUCACGGCCGCCAAAAACUGGAUCCAUGCCAACGGGGAGGAGGGGAUCAAGAGCGCUCCCGUGAUCAUGAGGCAGGUGCGAUUGCAUCAGAUUCCAUCUGAUGAACUCGCAAAACACAUCGAGAUGGAUAACGACUUAAUGCAAAUACCGGAAGUGAGGUCGAGGGUCAUGCCAGUUCACAUAAAGCGGCAUUCCCCGCCAGCUGCAAGCGCCAAUGCACUUGUAGGGUCGACGGCAGAGGACAUAACAACUGAAGCACAGGAAGAUGCACCAGCAUUGAGCGUAACAGAUGAGGACGUAAAGAAGACAAAGGUCAUUAACCAGUCAACAUCUUCCUCUGUGCCUUCUUCGUCACCUAAACCCUCCCAGUACAUGGGCGAGCGACACGCCGCAGAAUCUGACGAACAUCCGGAGGCUGCUUUAGUGGGUCCUGCUUUGAAACAAAGAAAUGACGCGGAGACAAGAUUAAAAGAGGCACAAAUUAUUGAGCAAUCGUUUCCAUCCCAAAAGUCAACAUUAACAAGCUGGGAUUCUUUCCGACCAAUCAGCGACACAAACGUCACAAAGCCCACCUUAAAGCAGCAAAGUUCGAUUGAAACUACUUGGAAAAAGCUAAAGCCACUUGAGGGUGAACCGGAUGAAGUGAGGAAAGCUAUUAUCGUCCAAUCAUCACCUACUGUCGGCGAUUCAAGCCCAAAGCCGCAACGAGACACGUCUAGUCCUAUCCCCUUGCCAGUGCCAGAUACAAAAGAUGGCAAAUCUUUGACUCUAAGCAACAUGAAAACGCCAACAUCCCCUCGCAAAUUCGCCACCCAUUUCCACGCUCCCCGUCUUACCAGCGACUACCGAAUCACAGCGUCCAACCCAAAAGCACUAACCAGCGGACCAGUGGCGUGGCCUGUCACUAAACUGAUGGAGAGAAGGCAGAAACCGGACGUCAUCCUCGCUGUUGGUGGUGUUGCCAAAAGCGGGGAAUCAGAAAUCGCAGGCCGGAUGGUAGAAGCGUUCCUAUUGGACAAGAACGAAUGGCACGAACUGGAGCGAAUGCCGGCUCCGCGGAAUCACCACGUGGUGCAUUUUCUCAACGGUUUCGUUUACGUCGUUGGAGGGUCCGAUCCACAUUCGGAGGGCGAGGAGUUUCUGAAACCCGUGAAUUCUGUGUUAAAAUAUGACAUCAGGAUUGGUAAAUGGAGCGAGGCGCAUCCCAUGAACUCCGCCCGGAUAUUUCACGAAGUCACCGCGCUAUUUGGCCAGCUGUAUGUGGUCGGUGGUCAAGAUCAAGAAGGGCGAACGCUAGCUACUGUUGAGUGUUACUCACCGAACUCUGACCGAUGGCACUACGUGGCACCCCUGCCAUCGGCGCGGUACGGCGUGGCGGUCACGGUUUACCGCGGCCGAAUCUGGGUAGCCGGCGGUUUCCCUGAAGAGCAACUGGCCGAAGCGUCGGCGGUUCCCAGAGACGUCAUUUGUUACAAUCCGUUUCGAAACGAAUGGAGCUCCAUGACACCUCUCCGUGUCCCACGCUGUCACGCGAGCCUUCUAGAGAUUGCAAACAAAUUGUACAUGAUUGGCGGAUUCGUCGGGGAUUCCAGCGCCUCCGACGAGAAGAGCCAAUCAGUGUCCACGAUAGAGACGUACAACGAGAGCAGUGAGGAUUGGGAUUUUGUGGCCGACCUCUGGCAGGGCCGUCACGAUGCAAACACGGUUACUCUAGGGGACAAAGCCUACAUCAUUGGAGGCAUGGAGGACGAAAACGAAGAUCCCCUACCUAAUGUCGAGUGCUUCGAUCCCGUGGCCAUGUCGUGGGUGCGGGGCUUGAAAUCUCUGUCCACGGCGCGUUUCGGUCACGCCUGCUGUGUGGUUCCCAGUGAUGUCCUAAUCAAGUGGCCAAAGGCGUGCGACGGAGACGCGCCAACUAACGACUGGGGCGUGGACAAGGUGGCAGGCAGUGAUUUGGUCUUGGCCCUAUAUGGUGUAAUAUGCGUGGUAGGAGUCACCGGGAAUCUCCUGGUUUGCAUUGUCCUGCUUCGUGUGCGAUCCCUCCGGUCCAACACCAGCGAUUUCCUGGUGCACCUAUCCCUGGUAGAUUUGAUGGUGUGCGUGCUGGUCAUUCCCUACAAGAUCUUGCCCCCACUGAGUCAGUCCCCGCCCCCGAAUCCAACCAUCUGGGGCCAGUUCCGGUGCCGGCUGUACGUCAGCCAGUACCUGUUCUGGGCCUGUGCGGUGACGUCGGUCUUCAACCUGAUCAUGGUGAACCUAGAACGCUUCGCUGCUAUCGUCCACCCCCACGAAUAUAAGAGGAUCUUCGCCACUCGAAACAAGUUCCUCAUGAUUGUCUCUUGUUGGAUCCUGGCUUUUCUUACCAAAUCCUUUAUUUUGUUUCUGUACGAGGAAGAUCCAGCAUCCGGGUGUCGCUUUCUGGGCUGGCCGAGCAAAGGUUUUCAGGCGGCUAUUGGCGUGUGUAACUUCACGUUCAAUCUCUUCGCCCCAUUCGUGCUAAUGAUUUCUGUGCAGUGGAAAGUCAUAUCAACACUGAAGAAGCAAGCGAAAGCACUGACCGCUCAAACUGCCAUCUUGGAUCUCAACCCAACUGACCGUCGUAAAAUGUGGCAGCUUCGGGUGACCCAGAUCCUGGUACGUACCCUCCUGGCUUUUGGUCUGACAUUCGCCGCCUGCUGGGCACCUAACCAAUUCAUGUUCCUGCUGUACAACCUGGGCGUCCAAUUCAGCUUCGCCUCGCCCGUUUACCACUUUGGCGUCAUUCUGGCUGUGUGCAAUUCAUGCGUUAAUCCGAUCAUCUACACCAUGACCAACCAGCAGUUCCGGAUAGGAAUCAGGAUGGCAUUCGGAAUGGAGAAACAGUCGGCCCAAGUGGUUGAUGGGACCACGGCUACGUCGGGAAUGGUGACCCUGUCUACAAGAUUGGUUCUUGCCCCAGGUACUUGGAGGACGGAGAGUAACUUAACGUGGCUUCAAAUGGAUGGAAAUUUUAGUGACACUCAUUGCAAUCAGAGCUCCUCAAUACCACCAGAAAAUUUCCCCGAUGAUUCUAACGAGGCCAACGCUUUAGGUAUGGUGGUGUUGGCCGCGUUCAGCGUGAUUUGUGCGGUGGGACUCAUCGGGAAUCUGCUGGUCUGCAUCGUGCUGCUCCGUGUACGAUCCCUCCGGUCCAACACUAGUGACUUCCUGGUACACCUAUCCGUGGUCGAUUUAGGGGUGUGCAUGUUGGUCAUCCCCUCAAAGAUCGUUUUACCGUUAAUCCGACCUUUGUCGCCGAAGCCAGACUUUUGGGGCCAGCUCCGCUGCCGAGUGUACACGGGAGAAUACCUCUUCUGGGUCUGCGCUUUGACAUCCGUCUUUAGUCUGGUCACCGUUAAUCUAGAGCGCUUCGUGGCCAUCAUCCAUCCUCACCGAUACAAGAAGGUCUUCGGCAGCAGGCGAAACAAACUUCUCAUUAUCAUGUCGUGCUGGAUCCUCGCUGCACUGUGCAAAUCCUUUAUCGUGUUUCUGUACGACGAAGAUGCAGCGCUUGGAUGUCGUUUUCUUGGUUGGCCCACCUCUGGCUGGCGAGCUGGAAUAGGGCUUUUCAACUUUACGGCCAACUUGUUGGCGCCAUUUGUGCUAAUGGUGUGUGCACAAGUGAAAGUCAUCUCCACGCUCAAGAAGCAGAUGCGGAUACUAAAUGGACGCAUCGGUUCCUCCGACCUACUCCUACAACCGAUUGAGCGCCGUAAAAUGUGGCAGCUUCGGGCCACCCAGACCCUUGCACGGACCCUCCUCGCCUUCGUCUGCACAUUUGCCCUGUGUUGGUUUCCGGACCAGUUCAUGUUCUUGUUGUAUUCGUUCGGCGUCCAGUUGAGCUUCACGUCGCCUCUGUACCACUUCGGCGUCAUCCUGGCCGUGUGCAACUCGUGCGUUAACCCAAUCAUCUACACCAUGACGAACCAGCAGUUCCGGAAAGGCAUCAGGGCGGCAUUCUGUAUGAGAACCUCGGCCAGAGUGGGCGAGAGAAAGACAAACACUUCGAAGAUAGUGUCCGUAAUUAUGUGAACAAAUCAGUAGAAAAUUUCUAUAGGGGCCCCAAAUAACUGGCGUAGUUGGCACGUUACCCUGGAAACAAUCGUCUACCACACCAAAAGUCCGAUGAAGUCGUCUGAUUAAAAGCAACACUGUCUGUUUCUGUACCCGAGUGCGGAAUUAAAGUGAAUAUAGGUGUCAAAAAUCCCAACUGUGUGUUUGGGUUUGCAUUUUUUAAAAAAUCACAUUGCAGUUGUAAAAACUAUUUAGUAUAUUAACUUUAUCGUCAGAUUUUGCAUGUUAAAACUUCUGAAUGGUAAAGGUUACAUUAUACAUGUAUACCGACUAUCGAGUGUGAAUAGUGGAGACACUUUGUCAGUGAAACAUAAUGAUUAAGAUUUGCGUGUACAUAAAUAAAUUUGAACUUCAACAGUCACAAGAAU